CCUCUGUGCGGACGUGGGGGCCUGUGCGGGAGCUGUGUGCGGGCAUGGCGAGCCCCGCGGCGGCGCCGGAACGCUGCUGUGAGGCCACGUUUCUUGCCCUCCCUCCCCGGGCCGUGAGGUGCUGAGGGACCAAGAUGGCGGCGCCCAGCGCCGAGGCGGCGGCGGCGGCGGGGGCCCGGGGCAGGCCGCCCGCGGUCACCCCGCAGCAGAUCCGCGACCUCAUCGGCGGUGGGAUCGCUGCGGAGGGCGCCGGCCCCGAAGGGAAGGACAUGUCCAACUGGUCAGAAUCAACUAAUGGAUCUUCUGAAAAGGAUGCUCUCUCCUUGGAAUCUGCCAGCAAGGAAGCCUACUUCAGCAGGGUGGAAACAUUCACCCCAUUGAAGUGGGCAGGCAAGCCUCACGAGCUGUCUCCCCUGGUUUGUGCCAGGUAUGGCUGGGUCAAUGUGGAAUGUGACAUGCUGAAGUGCUCCAGCUGCCAGGCCUUCCUCUGCAUGAGCCUGCAGCUUGCAUUUGACUUCAACAAGUAUAAGGAGCGCUGCGUGGAGCUGAAGAAGGCCUUGUGCACUGCUCAUGAGAAGUUCUGUUUCUGGCCAGACAGUCCCUGCCCAGACCGCUUUGCCAUGUUGCUGGUGGACGAGCCCAGAGCCCUUCUCCAGGACUUCCUGGAGCGCUUCCAGAGCCUGUGUCAGCUGGAGCUGCAGCUGCCCUCGCUCAGACCAGAAGACAUGAAGAAUAUGUCCCUGACAGAGGAGAGGAUCAGCCUGCUCCUCCAGCUGAUCGGGGAGGAACUGGAGCACAAAACAGAGGGAGAGAAACCACCAGUGAAGUUUGCUUCAGAAACCCUGCAAGUGCAGGUUCCUGCCUGCAUCCUGGCUCUGUGUGGCUGGACUUGCAGUGCUGGCUCUGGCUCAGUUCACCUCUCAGUGAUCUCCUGCUCCCGCUGCAUGAGGAAGGUGGGACUGUGGAGCUUUCACCAGCUGGAGUCUGCAGGGCUGGAGCUGGACUCGUGCAGCCCCAGCAGCACAGCCACUGAGCGCUUCCCGCUCCUGUCCACAUCUCCACGCAGGAUGCUCACACGGAGCCAGGACAUGCUCCCACCAGGCUCUGAACAGCAUGAGAAGAGCCCAUCCUCUGCAAUCUCUCGCCCACCACGGGGCUGGGACUCUCCUAUCCCCACGGACCGGAGUGAGUUGGAGGUGCCCAGUCCCACCCCAAGAAGCCGCCCCAUCACCCGCAGCAUGGGACAGGGGGAGAGCAUGGAGGUGCCAUCCAGUCCCCUCCGUAAAGCUAAGAGGACACGGCUCUGCUCUUCCAGCAGCUCAGACAUGUCUUUGAGGAGCUUCUUUGACCCCAGCUCUCAGCAUCGUGACUGGUGUCCCUGGGUGAAUGCAGUGGAUAGAGGGGAAGUCCUGGAGGAUACCACAAGCCCCAUGGAGAAGGAGCCUGUAAAGGCAGAGCCAGGCUGGCGAGUGGUGCUGAACAUGCUCCUUGCCACCAGGAAGUGUGACAGAGUGCCUGAGACAGAGCCUGUGAGCCUCUCGGAGAAGUCCUCCAAGGUAUUCCGCAUUUUCCGGCAGUGGGAGAGCAUGAAUUCCUCCUGAACAGGCCUCUGCCUUUGGGAACUGACAUGGAGCAUCACAUCAAACAGGCAGAGAUCUGCUUCAAGCUGCUCCCAUGGCAGCUCCGUGUCCUGGGGAAGGUGAUGCUGAGGAGCCUCCACACCAGAUGCAGCCCACAGCAGCUGCUGGGCCCCCUCCCUGCCUGCCUGCCUGCCUUGGAAGCCCCCUGCCUUCACAGACUGCUGCUGGAGCCCUGGGCUCUGAGGGCUUCCAUAGUCCCAGCCAGAGCCAGGAUGUGCUGUGGCCACAUGGGGUGAUCAAGGAGAUGUGUCACCUCCUGAGGGUGGUGGUCCUGUCCGGCUGUGACCUGCCACCAGCAGCACAGGGAGGUGAUGCCAGGUGGGAAUAAACAUUUCAGUUUUGUUUUUUCUUUA